UUUUAAUUACCGCAAAAAUUAAUUUUAAUUUGAUAGGCUAAUCAGGUGAAGAAGAUUCUGAAGAACAUUCCUGAACUUCCGCCCAACCGAUUGCGUAUACAAACACACACGAUCCAAAUUUCACUACGAUUUUCAUGGAAUCUCUCGUCACAAUAAAUCAUCCUCAAUUCAAACCCUCAACCAUUUUCACGUUUCCCACUUUCACCUCUGUUAAUUACUCCUCUUUUUCCCUCUUCAAAUUCAACGGUCGCAAAAAAUUCAACAAGUCAUUGAUCACUGUUAACUGUUUAAACCAUCAAAAUCCGAUCAAAUCCUUCCCGUAUUUGAUCGAGAAAGCGAGGGAUUUCGCGGCAAAAUCUGCGAAGAACAAAUGGGCCGCUGCUUUUCGAGAUUACUGCGCCGAAGAAUCUGGAUAUUUGCAGAAUGGGGCUUUUGGAACAGCGCUGAUGAGUGUGACAGCUACGGCGAAGGUUAAAAUCAGCCCUAUUUUGUCCACUUUAGCUGCGAACCCGACGUUCGUAUCGGGUUUAUGCGCUUGGGCGGUUGCGCAAUCGACGAAGAUUUUCUUGAAUUUUUAUGUGGAGAGGAAAUGGGAUUUUAGGGUUAUUUUUGCUUCUGGUGGGAUGCCUUCUUCGCAUUCUGCAUUGUGCACUGCUUUGACUACCUCGGUUGCUAUUUGCCAUGGAGUGGCGGAUUCGUUAUUUCCGGUUUGUUUGGGGUUUAGUUUGAUUGUUAUGUAUGAUGCUAUUGGUGUGAGGCGACAUGCUGGAAUGCAGGCUGAGGUGUUGAAUCUGAUUGUGGAGGACUUGUUUCAAGGGCAUCCGAUAAGCAAAAGGAAGCUAAAGGAACUUCUCGGUCACACUCCUUCACAAGUCUUCGUUGGAGCUCUUCUCGGGAUUGUUAUUGCUUGGGCUUGUUCUCGUGGUCGCGUUUUUCCGUGUAUAUCUUGAAUUAAGAUGAACCGAGUUCACUACUCGUGAAGAUCGAUGGUAGUGUACUAAGUACAUUUUUUCUUGUAUCGCACGUGCGGUUUUAUGUUGUCAGGACUGUUAUCAUUUUUAUAGCCCACGAUUUGUAUGAAAGCUCUUCGGCCACCGUGGAAACAAAUAUUUCGAAUUUAAUUGGAAAUUACUAUUUCUAUUGGAUAAUUGUGUUUUAUUUCAUG